GACUCGACUCAGUUACACGUCAACCGCCGAGGGGGGAGGAUGCGUUGCUCUCCUCACUCCUUCCCUAUUGCGUGUGUCCUGACCCUACGUAUUGACCCAGGCCGCGAUGCCACUGUGGGUGAAGGUUAGGAAGUGAGUGUUUGACCUGUUAAGAGCACCGCCGUCCUAACUACAGGUUUCUAAAGCGGCUUAAGUAAACAAGAUUUUCGUCAAUCAAGAAAGAAGGAAAAAGAGAAAUACGAAGAUAGACACUGAUGAAUGAGAAGAGAAAGAAAGAGAGAUAAAGAAAGAGAGAAAGAAAGAAAGAGAGAAAGAAAGAAAGAAGGGAGAGAAAACCUACAUGAAAGGUGGACGAAGCAAUGAGUGAAGAAAGGAAAGGACAAGAAAGAAAAGAAGGAAGAAGUGAAAGGUGAACAAUGUUAUGAUAGAUUAAUGAAGGAAGGAAGGAAGGAAGGAAGGAAGGAAGAGGGAGUGAAUGAUGAUAAAUAAUGAAUAAUGAAAAAAAAAACAAGAUGGCGCCACCGUGACUUAUCUUCCUGAAGGCCAGCACGUACAAACACACACACACACACACACACACACACACACGCGAAUAUUUACAAUUUUUAAACGUUUUUUUUCUCAUUUAUUUAUUCUUUUAUUCAUUCAUUCAUUUAUUUAUUUAUUUAUUCAUUCAUUCAUUUUCGUGAAGGUAGAGAUAAGGAAAUAGAAAAUGAAAAUGGAAAUGAAGAAAAAAGUUAAUGUAAAGUGAACAAGAGAUAAAGAAAAAAAAAACAGAUAGAUAGAAAUGAAAAUAAAUGAAAGAAAAUUAAAUAAGAAAGUGGAAAAUGAAUGGGAGUGAAAAAUAAAGACAAAAAAUGAAGUGAAAGACAGAAAAUUGAGAAAACGAAACUUGAUGAACGUGGAGAAAUAAUAAAAAAAUAAGACAACAAGUGACAAGGAACCAUUGAUAAAAGAGAGAAGACAGAAAAAGAGGAAAACAGGAAUAAAAUACUUGAUAAAGGAGGAAAUAGUGAUAAACAAUAAAAAAAAUAGAAAAAAUAAGAAAAAAACAGAAAAAAUAGCGAAAAAAAUAAAAAUAAAAGAAAAGAAACAGUGAAUUAAGAGAGAGAGAGAGAGAGAGAGAGAGAGAGAGAGAGAGAGAGAGAGAGAGAGAGAGAGAGAGAGAGAGAGAGAUCACCACCACCACCACCACCACCACUACCACCACCACCCACAAAAUGACACCACCGCUUCUACACCCACGGCGCCCACACUCCCUGGCCGCCUCCGCCCGUCACAUCUACGCCGCCCUUGUCAGAACACGCCCACUCGCCCCUCAGACACGCCCGCAGCAGACCCACGCCUCGGGAAUAUGGGGUGGCGGUGGGCGGGGCGUGGGAAUGUUAGUUUACAGGAGCGUGGGGAUGUGGGCGGCCCUGGGCGUGGGUUACCUGGUGGGGAUCGUGGCAGGACCUAUUGCAGGGGCGGCUGUGACCUCAUCUCUUUUAGUGGCCGCUGUGACCUCGCUCUUGACAGGUUUCUGUUACACGGAGUUGGUUACUUCUGCAGACCAGUGUUCGGGGCAGGUAUACACAGUUACCUACCAGUUAGUGGGAGAGGCAGCUGCUUACCUUGUGGGACUCUUCUACAUGUUAAUAAAUGCAUCUGCCCUUGCUGCCCUUACGAAAGCCUUGUCCUCCACGAUGGAUUACCUGUGUGGGGGGAAGGUGGAGAGGUGGGUGGGGACUAACCUGGGGCACCUACCUGUCACUCACGAGGCACCAGACUUCAUUGCUGCCGGGGCCUGUUUGUCUGUUGCUGUCAUCCUUGCCCUGGGUUUGGAGCAAGCCGGGUUUCUGCGAGCGGUCAUGAGCGGCGUUACUUUCCUGUGUCUGAUUUUCUUCUUCAUCGUCGGGGGGACUCACACAGAGAAGGAUCCAGCUCAUCUACAGACUGCAUUUACUUCUCUUGGAUCAUCUGAGCUGUUGGCGGGGGCUGCCGUGUGCAUGGUAGUGUACGGGAGUUUCUACGAAGCGGGGCGUCUGGUCAAGUCUCAGAGGCGUGUCCACCGGGUGCUGCCCUUGGUGGUGUCUGUGUCAACCGGGACCUCCUUCCUUGCCUUCUUCGUGUUGGGUAUCAUUCUCACCCUUAUGACUGGAAACGUGAUCCCCCCCGAAGGCGCCCCGCUCAUCCAGGCCAUGGAGCGCCGGGACGUGAGCUGGGCACGGCUGGUUCUCGGCUGCUUCCAGGUAGUAAUGCUGUGCCUGUCUCUAGUCGAGGCUGCCACACCACUGUCCCGCCAGCUGGUGUCCUUAGCCUCAGACGGCCUCCUACCCCCCUUCCUGGCCGUCCAGUGCCCCAGGACCAGCGCCCACGUGCAUGCCCACCUGACCGGGGGCUCCUUGGCUGCCAUCCUCGCCCUUACUCUCAACCAUGUCCUCCUUCUGCAGGUACUUGCCACGUGCAUGUUGGUGGUGCACGUGGUGGUGGUGGUGACGGUGUUGUACAGGCGUCACCGCUGCUCCUAUGCUGGCCUCUGCUGUGUGGCUGUGACCCCCUCCUCCCGCGCCCCCCUCGGCUACCUCCACCUGGCCCCCCGCAGUUCCCGGCAGGAGAGAACUUUCCACUUCCUGAAGGAUGGGCUGCGAGUCCUCCCUAAGCAGCUUGGGCCGAGACAGCAGGAGGGACAGCAAGAGGAACCAGGUGAGGCAGACACCCACGACACGGCGCUCCUGCUGGCUAACGAAUAUGACUCAUCUGAAUCACCGGUACCAAAGGAGGAGGAAGAGGAGGAGGAAGAGGAGACCAAGGAGGAGGAGGAGGAGGAGGAAGAGGAGGAGGAGGAUGUGGAGGCAGCAGUUCGUGAGUAUAGAGAGAAAGUUCAAGUCGCUACUUUAGAUAGAAGAAACACUGAAAUGCCUCCCACUCCUGACUCCGCCCGCCGCGCCCUUCUACUAGUGAGUGCUGUCUUAGCCUCCCUCACCGCGGCCGCCCUUAUGGCUAUCUACACCAGCACGAGGCAGUGGGCGGCUGUGGGCAUGGGCGUGUGUCUCCUGGUGGCUGUCAUAUCAGUGGGUGUCUUAUCACGUCAACCUGCCCACCCCCCGACCCGUGCUGCCUUCAGGGUCCCCGCUCCCCCUUGGCUGCCUGCUGCCGCCCUUCUGCUCAAUGUGACUCUACUGAUGCAAGUUCUGGGACAUACCUGGCCCCUGAUGGCGAUGGUCGGGCCUGCAGGUAUAGCUUGGUAUCUUCUGUAUGGGAUGAGACACAGUCAGCUGGGGUCACCUGGGGGAGUAGGGGUGGGGGUGACUAGGGGGCCAGGGGGAGAGACCAUACGCCUGCAGCCACUCACCCCUCCCCCCCUCACACCCACCCCCUUGCAGGCCCCCCAGCGCCCAUCCAUCCUGCCCCACCCUCACCGCCCCCAUCAGAACUACGCGCGCCUUACACAGGUAGAUACGGUACUAAUUAGCAGGUGAGGUUAGGUCAGGUUAUGCCAGGUGAGGUGAGGUAAGGUUUGGUGGCGAAUGGUAAGGUUAGGUCAAGUUAUGUAGCAAAAGGAGGGGGUUAGGUCACGUUAGGCAGCAAAAGGUGGGGGGGUUAGGAAAGGUUAGGUGGGGUCAGGUUAGGUCCGGUUAGGUUAUAGCAGGUGGGUCAGGUUAGGUUAUGCCAGGUGGAGUUAGGUUAGGUAAUGCCAGGUGUGGUCAGGUUAGGGGAUAGGUGAAGUCAGGUUAGGUUAUGCCAGGUGAGGUCAGGUUAGGUAAUGAGAGGUGGUCAGGUUAGGUAAUGCGAGGUGAGGUCAAGUUAGGUAAGGCCAGGUAAGGUCACAUUAGGUGAGGCCAGGUGAGGUCAGGUUAGUUAAGGCCAGGUAAGGUCACGUUAGGUAAGGCCAGGUGAGGUCAGGUUAGGUAAUGGCAGGUGAGGUCACGUUAGGUAAUGCCAGGUGAGGUCAGGUGGGGCUAAUUGACCUCCAGCACACCUUAGCUCCACCCUGCCUUGAGAAAUUGUCAAUAUCUAAUGUUAAUUGCUAGUGUGGAGUUAAUGAGGGGUGGUUUGGCUUGUUUGGUAUUGUUAGCUUAUGUUUUGUUUGUUGUUUUGUUUGUUCAGUUGUUUUUUUCCCUUAUUUGUUUGUUUGUUUACUUGUUCAUAUGUACGUUUGUUUAUUCAUUGAUUUAUUCUUUUUAUUUUGAUGUUUGUUUGUUUUUUAUUUAUUUACUUAUUUCAUUGCUUUAUUCUCCUGUUUAUUUAUUAAUUUAUCUAUUUAUUCAUCUUACUUUUUCCUGCAAUUAUAUACCAGUUUAUUUAUUUAAUUAUUUAUCUAUUUUAUUUAUCUACUUAUUUAUUCAUGAAUCAUGCACCAUUUUAUUUAUUUGCUUAUGUUUCAUCUAUUUAUUCUAUUAUUUUUUUUUCCUCACCUCUUCACAUUUAUCUGUUUAUACAUUACUUAUUUAACUCUUGUCUCUUCAUCGUUUUGUUUAUCUCUUUGCUUUAAUCUCUUCACAUUCAUUUAUUCACGUGCUACUUAUUUAUCUGUUGCCUCUUCAUUCCUUUGUUUACGUCUUGUCAUUGGUAGGCGCAGAGCUGCUUGUCCUGACGAGGGUGGGAGUGGUGCGGGAGUUUGUUCAUAGAUGGCGCACUAGAGCACACCACACACCUCGCUCCAUCUUAUACAUACUGUUACUGUUGUUGUUAAGUCCAAGUACCGCUUCUUGUUAUGGCAGUAAAAUUAUAACUUUU